AGUAAUUUUCCCCUUCAAUUAUAGGCCACCAUAUUUGCUCCCAUUUUCCAGCCAUGGAUUGCUUAAAGAAAUCUGAGCAAUAUCUUCUUGGAGUUCAAUUCUCUCUCUCUCUCUCUCUCUCUCUCUCUCUCUCUCUCUCUGACUAUGGCUAUGGCAAUGGCUGAUACGCAAACCAAAGAAACCAUAGUUUUCACAUACGGAACUCUCAAACGGGAUUUCCCCAAUUACACUCUUAUUCAAGAUCUAAUUCUCCAGAAUGACGCCGCUUAUAUUGGCACUUGCAUCACCCACCAAUCACAUCCUCUCGUUAUUGGUCCUCACGGCAUCCCCUUCCUAAUUAAGCUUCCUGGCGCCGGUCACCAUGUUAAUGGCGAGCUCUACUGCGUGUCGACUAGGGGAUUGGCCAGACUCGAUGAGUUUGAGGGAACGAGUAACGGACACUACGAGAGGCUCCCGAUUCAGGUAACAAAAACAGAAAACAAAGGAGAAGGAAGCGACAUCGUUUUAUCGGAGGCAGAAGCGUAUUAUGCGCAUAGGAGUUUCGGCGAGAGGCUCUGGGAGAAGAGAGGAAGAAUUGGGUUAAGUGAGUACAGCCAAAACAAUGCUAAAGAAUAUGUGAAAAAGGAAGAUAGAGAUAAGGAUGUUAGCUUUCUUGACAGUAUAGAAAUGCUUUUGUCCAAAUCUUAGAAAAUGGGAAUUGAAUUAUUUGAAUUAGAAUAAGAGCAUGAAUUUGUUUGAUCUGAUCCAUUAAUUUAGAUUUCAAAUUUGAUUCCUUUCAUGAUGAUUCUAUUA